AUGUCAGCAAAUCAUCAAAAAAUUACUACCAGGUGUGAUUCUAUUGAUAGUAUUUUGCAAGGUGGAAUAAGUGUUGGUGAAGUGACUGAAUUAUGCGGGGAGAAUGCGACCGGUAAAACACAACUUUGCCUUAGUAUUGCAUGUCAGUUACCUCCGUCAUUGGGUGGAAUGUAUGGUGCAACCAUUUAUAUACACGCAAUUGGACCUUUUCCAAUUCGAAGGUUAACUUCUCUAAUACCCUUCAUUUUAGACACCGCUCUUGAUCCCAAUGACAACCCCUGUGAUCAUAUAACAACCAAACAGGUUGAAUCACCGUAUGAGUUACCUGACGUACUUGACUGGGUUGUAAAGUUUAUUAAACAGUCGCACAACACAUGCAGGCAUGUCAGGUUAGUUGUUAUCGACUCUAUUGCAAGUAUUUGUACUAGCCAUUUCGAGAACACGGCUCAAGGGCUAGAGUCACGAACACAAUUGCUUCGUGCAAUUGGAUACGGUUUGAAGUCCAUUGCAUCUCAAUACAAUGUUGCCGUCCUAGUGGUCAAUAAUGUUAUUGAUGUGUUUCCAAUUGAUUCCGAUUCCUCUACACAUUUCAUGAUGUCCUCUGGAAGGAAGGUUCGGCCUGCUCUGGGCAACGGAUGGACUCGGAAUAUAGGAACAAGGUUAUUCUUAUCAAAAUCAAUUAAUUCCGCAGACCAAACUUAUGUAAGAAUGAUAAGUAUCCUGUUAUCAUCUAUGCUAGAGUUAGAUGUAUGUAGGUUUAAAAUAACCGAGAAGGGAGUUGUUGAUGCAUGA